GCGCGGAGCCGGGCGCGGCCCAGAGCCGGCUGCGCCUAAGCCCCUCUCCGCCGCCGCCCGGGGCUCUUCUCACCUCCCCGCCUCGUCCCUCGGCCAUCGCAGCAGGCAUGGGCUGUUUCUGCGCUGUCCCGGAGGAAUUUUACUGCGAAGUCCUGCUCCUGGACGAGUCCAAGCUGACCCUGACCACACAGCAGCAAGGCAUCAAGAAGUCAACGAAAGGGUCGGUUGUCCUGGGCUACGUAUUUCGCCACUUAAACCUGGUGGAAAUAGAUUACUUUGGACUGCGUUACUGUGACCGAAGUCAUCAAACGUACUGGCUGGAUCCUGCAAAGACCCUCGCUGAACAUAAAGAAUUGAUAAACACUGGACCACCAUACACUCUGUAUUUUGGCAUUAAAUUUUAUGCAGAGGAUCCAUGUAAACUUAAGGAAGAAAUAACAAGGUAUCAGUUUUUCUUGCAGGUAAAGCAAGAUGUUCUACAGGGCCGUUUGCCUUGUCCAAUCAACACUGCAGCACAGCUGGGAGCGUACAUAAUUCAGUCUGAGCUGGGGGACUACGACCCAUACAAGCACACGGCAGGUUACGUUUCUGAGUACCGCUUCGUUCCCGACCAGAAGGAAGAGCUGGAGGAUGCCAUAGAGCGGAUACACAAGACUCUGAUGGGUCAAGUUCCUGCUGAGGCAGAAGUGAACUACUUAGGUGUGGCCAAGUCUCUGGAAAUGUAUGGAGUGGAUCUCCAUCCUGUUUAUGGUGAAAACAAAUCUGAAUACUUUCUAGGAUUAACACCCAUAGGAGUUGUUGUCUACAAGAAUAAAAAACAAGUAGGAAAGUAUUUCUGGCCUAGAAUUACAAAAGUUCACUUCAAGGAAACACAGUUUGAACUUCGAGUCCUGGGAAAAGAUUGCAAUGAAACUUCCUUCUUUUUUGAAGCACGUAACAAGGUCACAUGCAAACAUCUCUGGAAAUGCUGUGUAGAGCAUCACACAUUUUUCAGGGUGCCAGAGAAUGAAUCAAACUCUCUGUCAAGAAAAGUCAGCAAGUUUGGAUCCAUAGGUUAUAAACAUCGGUACUGUGGCAAAACAUCAUUGCGGAUGACCAGAGACCCUUCUGUGCAGCUACCGCGGCCUGACCAGAGCAUUGAAAGAAGUCGCAGCAAGACUUACCCCAAAAGAACACAACAGACAGGUCCUAAGAACACGAGCCAGAUUACAACAAAUGGAGAAAAUGAAGGAACUACUAAAAUUAUUGCACCUUCUCCAGUGAAAGGCUUUAAGAAGAUGAAAAAUGAAAACAGCCCAGAAACACAAAGAAGUAAAACAAGUGCUCCAUGGGAGGAAAAUGGCCCACAGAGCGGACUGUAUAAUUCUGCCAGUGAUCGCAAUAAAUCACCAAAGUUUCCUUACUCUCGCCGAAGGAACCCAUCUGGUGGCAGUGAGAAUGAAUCUGGGCAGCCAGUUCGGAGGAGGAAAAAUCAUAAUAGUGGUGAAGAUUCAGAUGUAAAGCAAAGGAGAAGGUCACGGUCCCGCUGUAACACCAGCAGUGGCAGCGAAUCCGAAAAUUCCCACAGAGAGCAUCGGAAGAAGAGAAACAGAUUACGGCAGGAGAAUGACAUGGUUGACUCGGCUCCUCAGUGGGAAGCUGUGCUGCGGCGGCAGAAGGGGAAAACCCAGGCGGAUCCAAACUACCGGCGAUCCAGGCACAGAUCUCGAUCGAGAAGCCCAGAUGUACAAGCUAAAGAAGAACUAUGGAAACAUAUCCAGAAGGAGCUUGUGGAUCCAUCUGGCCUGUCUGAAGAGCAAUUGAAAGAAAUUCCAUACACUAAAGUAGAGACUCAAGGCGACCCCAUCCGCAUCCGGCACUCGCACUCCCCUCGCAGCUACCGGCAGUACCGGCGGUCCCAGUGCUCCGAUGGGGAGAGAUCUGUCCUGUCUGAAGUGAAUGUCAAAACUGAUCUGGUCCCUCCACUGCCUGUUACACGAUCUUCAGAUGGGAAAGGUCCCAGCAUCCAGCUGACUCAACAGAGGCAGAAUGGAUCUAAAGACAGCCUAAUAGAAGAAUCAUCUCUGCUAUCCACUAAUAAUGUUGAUGGAAAAUCCGCCACCAAGAUUGUAAAAACUGUACAGGUGUCAUGCUUCAAGGUGGAGACUUGAAUGAUGGAUUGAAGAUGGUGAAUGGAUUUUGGUCUUUGGAAAGUGAGAAUUUGUUUGUGUGUGCAGGGGAAGGAACUGAAGUCGACAUGGUGGUCUUUCCUUCAGGACACCUGGCAGUGCAGCCUGCUUGCUGGGAAGACCAAGCAAUGGUUUUAUCACCACUAGUGGUGUGACUGAUUAAGGACAAGCUGCCUGAUAGACAACCAAAAACAAAAGUCUUUGCAAAACUGAAAGAUCAGCAGUUACAUUUCCAAAAACAAUGACAAAAAAAAAAAAAAAAUGCUGCAACAAAACAGGCUUCAUGGUCUACCCUGUAACUGAAUAGCCUUGUUCCCAGAAGUGACUGUUAACUGACAUGAUCAGAUGCUUCGAGAUAAGUAAAAUAGUCAUAUUUUUUGUCAAUUGUGCAAUACAGUGUGACAUGGGGAAAUUAUCUUUACAAUUUAUAUGGGGAUCAACUUAUGUCCUGAGACAUAAGGACAGAUAGCUCUUACAAGGGUUAUUUUAGCCUAGCACAAUAAAACACACUGGUGUUGUUGAUACAAAUUCUGACUCAACCCACUUUAGCUCAAAAAUAAUAGACUCCAUAACAUACUGUAGCAGUGAGUUCCUGAGGUGAUACAGACUUACUUUGCCUUAGGCAGGUUUAAGUGCUCUAAAUUUUGAAUGUCCUUUUAUGUAGAGGGACUAUGUAAAUGAACACUCCUAUCACAGAAACACAUUUACCAAGUUGUAGUAAAACACACUGGAGACUGGGGAACCCACUGUGUUAAGGCCUACUGAGUCUUAAAUUACUUAAAUUAAUCCACUUAACCCACUGUGUUAAGACUGCUUAGCAAGGCACGUCAGUGCUGGUUAAAUGAAACUUGUGGAGUAGUAUUUAAGACAGCUAGAAAAUAGCUUUUUUAUUAUUAUUAUUUUUUAAACUAGAUUAGCAAAAUCAGUCUUAAUAUCUCAUAUAAAAUAAUCUGACACUUUUCUCUGAGCCAUUUUUAGUAGGUUAAAAUGACAAAGGCAGUAUUUCAGGAAUGGUAACUAAUUUUUUUUUAUUGUCAUGGUAGGAAUACUAAGUUUCAGUGAUGCUGCACAUUGAGUGCGUUAUCUUCUAAUAUAUAUCUGAAGUAAUGCCUUGCUCUCCUAUCACCUACAAAUAUCUGAAAGUCACUUCACUGCCUCCCAUUUGUCCACAGGCAGCACAUGGAUGAGCCUUCAGGUGCUGCUGACUCGCUAGGGAGCUUAGCAAAGUCUUUGUGUUGUGGAAGUAAUUUUUGCUAAGUGUAAUCAUUUAACUAAAUAUUGGAUUUGUCAAACAGUGUAGUAAACACCUGUAGCAGCUCACGUGCCUUUCUACAUCUAUCCCCUCAACACUCAACCCCCACAACCCACAGAGAUUUGCAGUGAUCCUGUCCGAGCAGCACCAGGGAAUUGCAGCCUUGUCAGAAAAGAAACGCUGCUGGAGAACUGCAGUUAGCAUAAGGUGUCUAAGUUACACUUUACAGGAGGCAUGGGAUUACCAAUACACAUUUUAACUGACUAAACUGGUAAGCAAAAUGUUGUAUGAUGUGUUUUAUUUUCCACUUAAUUUUUUGAUUCUUCAUUGCUUCAUGAUCUGAGAUGGUCAGGUGGAUGUUAUUAGCCAGGGCAGAAGCCAUACAGUUUGUAUAUUCCUAUCACAGUAUGGCGUGGUCUCUAGUUUGGGAAGUGCUGCAUCCUUCCAGGGAAGACAGAUUCACUUAAAAAUACUUUUCUUUGGUCAUUUACUUAGGACAGCUCUGCUUCUACAGUCUCAGUGAACAAAUCUAAGGGAAGGAAAGAGUAAGAACCCCUCUGUAGUAAAAGUUCAGUUUUCAUGGAGGUUCUUCAGAAUUUUUUGAAUUUACUAUGGAUUUAUUUCUAGGACAUUGUUGGGCUUGGCUUAAAGGAUUUCCUAAAUUUUGUAAGUUUGUUAAAUGGUUUCAUUGUGAUUACUCCAAUUUAAAGUGAUUCUUUAGGAUCUAUCUAUGACCUCAUGAAGUGCUGUCAUAAACAACAUUUUAAAAAGCCAAAGAGAAAGCCAAAAAAAAAAAAUCCAAACCCAAAGUACAGCAAAAAAACCCAACUAACCCCUAGGAAGCAAAAAAAACCUUCUAUGGAAAAAUGGCUUAAUGGAGAGCAUCACAAUCUUUUGGAAGACAUUUGAAAAAUGCCAAACUGUACAGUGGUUACAGUACAGAACUGGAUACAGUGCCUGCAAUGAAAGCUGCUCCUUGUUCCUUUGAGGUGUUCCAGCUUGGAGUAUUACACACUUGCUGGUGGUUUACUGCUUUCUAAAUCAUUACCAUUAGUUUGCUAUCCUUACCCAGGCACAGGUAAGUAGCACAAAUCUAGUAUUACAGGAGGAUUUGUGUUAUUAUUUGAGAAUUAUCUGUACGUAGUGUACCUAUCUUGACAAUCUUUAAAUAUUGAUCAAGAAGGUUUAUAUCCAGCCUCAUGUUAUCCUGUACGCUUUCAUCUUCCUAUGGCCUUUGUGUGUUAUUGCUGGAUACCAUCAACCAAGUGUGUGGUAUUUUACUUAUUGCACUACAUCAGAAAAUAGGCUUCUGCCUAGUCUAAUAGUGAAACGUUUCAAUUCUCAAGUCACUGGAGAGUUGUUUCAUAAUUAAGCCAACUUUUUUGCAUUUAAAUGAGAAAUUUAUGGAGCAAGCCCUAGAUUUGAGUUAGUGGUCUUCUCCCUGAUGGGUCUAUGCAGGAAGCAGGAUUUUAGCAAGUCUGGUGUUAGCCUGGGCCACUGCAAUCCAGUUUUGUGUCCACAAAAGGCUAAAGAUACAAUGCCUCCAUUACACAUUUUCCAAAUGUUUUGCUGUGCCAAAACUGGCAAAACUGGCAACAAGGACGUCACUGUCAGCUAAUAGUACAGAAAAGCAAAUUCCUUUCAUAUAUGUGAUACUACUUUCCCUUCAGGCUUCUUCUCCUCAAUCAUUUGAGGAAAAGCACAAUUUUUUAUGAACUUUUUAUUUUUGUGAGAGAUACACACAAGUGAUUAAUCACUGAAAGCACUUACUGUGUCACAGCUAUGCCUUCUAGACCUAAACCAGCCCUACAUGUCCAAGUGACCUGCCUCUUACAGUCUGAACUACAGCUUGCCUUCUCCACUGUUGCUACCCUUCUCCAGCUCUCCUGGGGCAUUCACUGCCUAGAGGCAGUUGCAUUUUCAGAUCUGGAGUCUGGAUGUCAGUCUAAAAAUACCUGUACAUCCUGAUGAGUCAGGCAAAAUACAUGAGAUGCAUAAGAGUGUCAGGAAGUUUACCCUGGGGCUGAAUGCCAUACAGACUGGUGCUCACUUGGACAAAGGACUGGUAUUUGAGGCAUCCUCAUCAUAAUUCUCCUGAAUUGAUCUCAGGCCAACGAUUUUGACUUUGUGCCUCUGCCUUUACCUCUUCUGAGACUUCCACAAGUGCUAAGCAUUGGUAAGUUCUAGAACUCUCACUAAUUAGCAACAAUUACAACAUAGUUGUACAACCUUUUGCAAAACAUGUAUUUUGUACAAUCAAGAGGGCUUACUAACCAUAGCACAAACACAUUCUUGUAUAUCCUGUACUAGUUCCCUUGCUUAGUUGGCUGGUUUCUUUCAUUAGGGACUAGCCUUGACCUGCUGUUUUCUACACUUCGUCUCUUACCAGUAUCACUACCACUGCAACUUGUAUUCUAAUCAAGCUCAUGAUACUGAUGGUGUUUGUUGAAAAGUCAUUACCACUUAAGUUGCCAAAUUCAUUCCCUUUAUAUAGGUGGCUAUUGAAUUGAAGAGAUAGCAUGUUUUCUUUUGGGAAGAUAUGUUUACUUCAAAAUUGCUUAGAAAGGUGUUUGAAGACAACAUACAUGAACAUACCAAUGUGAUACAUUUGUUCCAUGUGCUUUGGUAUUCAUGAAACAACUGUGUGGUCUAUUUUAAAAUGAGAUUGAUAGAUGGCUGUGUCAAUACUUGUGUCCAGGUUAUUUAAAAGUCAAGUAAAAUUUGAAAUUUUAGGGCGUUG